AUGGUAGCAUGGCAUAACGAAAAAGGGAGGAGAAAGAAAGAGCUGGUUAUUUUGAGCAAAAUCUCCAUUGGCCGUUAAUCGUACUAUAUAUUUUGUCAGGCUGUUUUUCUAGCAGUUCUAGAUCAGUUAAAAACAAGAAGAAUAGAGCAUUCAUGCAGGAUCCCAUGGCCAUUCUAACAUACUAAUCGACCACACAGUUCUGACCUCAUCAUCUGGAAAAAGAGAGAGAGAGACAACCAAUGAGUGGCUGUUCUGUUUUUCUUGUGAUCAUCAUGAUCUCCUUCAUACCUGGGUCAGUGGGGAGUGAUCAAAGACUGUCUAGACAAAGAAUAAGUGACAGCCAACUCACUGAAGACCAUCGUGGAUUUAGAGUCAAACGUGGCUGGAUCUGGAAUCAACUGUCAGUUGAGGAAGAAGAUCCAACUCCAAAAAUAAUUGGUCAGCUGAAAUCAACCUACGACACAGGAGACUUUGCCAUCAGCUAUAUCCUUUCUGGAGAAGGAGCAGAAGAUAUCUUUAAUAUUGAUGAGUUCAGUGGUGAAAUUCAUGUUCAUAAGAGCUUGGACAGGGAAAAGAAGGCAUUCUAUGUACUCCAUGCUGAAGCUAUUGACCGCAGAACUGGCCAGCCAGUGGAGCCUGAGUCAGAGUUCAUCAUCAAAGUCCAGGAUAUCAAUGACAAUGGUCCUCAUUUCAUAAAUGAACCCUACACUUCCAGUAUCCCUGAGAUGAGUCCAAUUGGGACUACAGUGUUUCAAGUGACAGCCAUAGAUGCAGACGACCCCAUGUUUGGAAAUAAUGCCAAACUUAUCUAUUCCAUUCUGCAAGGAGAGCCGUAUUUCUCAGUGGAGCCAAAGACAGGCACCAUAGUUACAUCCUGGCCAAACAUUGAUAGAGAAGCAAGUGAGAAGUAUUUUGUUGUAAUUCAAGUGAAAGACAUGCUUGGAAAUACUGGAGGCUACAGUGCUACAACAACAGUGACCAUCACCCUAAUUGAUGUGAAUGAUAAUGGGCCUACCUUUCAACAUAACCUGUACACGUUUGCCAUUCUGGAAUCAGCACCAGUUGGCACCGCAGUUGGUAGGGUCAUGGCAAAAGAUGCUGAUGUUGGCAUAAAUGCUAGGAUGAACUACACUUUAGAUGACCUGGAGGAAAGCGGCACUUUUAGGGUCCAGACAGACCCUGCCACAGAGGAGGGUAUAGUAAUACUGAACAGACCUUUAGAUUAUGAGCACAAGAGGCGCUUUGUGAUUGCCAUAGAGGCCAUAAAUUCAUUUGUGGACACGCGCUUCCUAAGCAUCGAUGAAUUUCGGGACAGAACAAUGCUCAAAAUUUUGGUGAUGGAUGUUGAUGAGCCACCUGUCUUUUCUGCACCUUUCUAUGAAUGGAAAGUUCUAGAGAAUGCAUUGGUUGGUACAUUGGUUGGCACAAUAUAUGCCAGAGAUGCAGAUGCUGCUAAUAACCCUAUCAGCUUUUCCAUAUCCAAUAACUUUGAGUUGGAGAAUGCCUUCAGGAUUGACGCCAACAAUGGAACUGUGUUUCUGGUCAAGCCUUUAGAUCGAGAGACUGCAGCAUGGCAAAAUAUUACUGUUAUUGCUAAAGAAACAAAUAAAAAUCAGCUAUCCUCAGUUUCUGUGGUCAUUCAAGUCUUAGAUGUCAAUGACAACAUACCCACUUUGUCUAGGGACUACAAGCCUUAUGUGUGUGAGGGAGCACAGGCAGGAGAAGUCAUCCAGGUUAUAAGUGCUGUGGAUGCAGAUGAUCCAGCAGAAGGUCAUCAUUUUUAUUUUUCCAUGGUGGCAGAUAAAAUCAUUAACCCAAACUUCACCAUCAGGGACAACCAAGACAACACAGCAGGCAUUUUGACCCGUCGUAGCACAUUUACACGUCAUGAUCAUAUACUUUAUCAGCUCAAUGUGGUCAUAACAGACAGUGGCUCUCCUGCUCUCUCCAGCACUGCCACUCUUACCAUCAGUGUUUGUGUAUGCCAGUUUAGAGGGCACUGCCAAUCUAGUGGAACGAAAGCACUGGCCAUUUCUAUGGGUUUCAACAUGCAGGCCCUUCUAGGCCUCUCAUUAUGCUUCAUCAUUGUAAUAGUGCUUGCGAUACUAAUGGUAGCUGUGUGGAGACACAGGACAGUACAACAGCAGAAACCUGUCAUGGAGGAGCUUGACACAGAGGAGUACUCAAGGAAAAUCAUACAUUAUGUAGAGAGUGAAGGUAUUCCAGAUGUACACAACCAGAUUCCACUAAGAACACGUACACCCUUCCGCAAGAAUACAUUUUGUAGAGAGGAACUGGUACCAAGUGUACAUCUGUCUCUAUGUCACUCUCACCUUAUUGAGCCAGAUGAUGAAGUCUUCCGCCUGUUUAUGAUAGAUCGGCUGGCUGAGGCUGAUCAGGAUACCUGUGUCCCUCCCUACGACUGCUUGCACUAUUAUGUCUUUGAGGGUACUGGAUCACUUGCAGGCUCCCUUAGUUCAUUGGAAUCCUCAAACUUUGACCCUUAUUUAUAUCAACCAUAUGACCCUGGCCUAGGGUUUUUGAGACUGUCUCGCUGGCAAGGUGCUAGUGAUUAUGAUACAGCAUUCUGAACUGAAGAGAAAUAAAGGAACACUGGUAACAAUGGUGUUGGAUUUACUUAAAAUAUACAUGCAACAUUUUUGCGUCAGACUUUUUAAGUAAAUUCAACUUGAGGCAAUAUUAUGUGUUUUCUUAUGUAUGCAUGUUCGCUCAACAUUCUUAACUUAAAAAAUAUCUAACAUCCACUGGAUUUUCUGGUUAACUUCAAGUUGUGUCAACAAUAUUUAAGAUCUUUAUAUAUCUAUAUAUAAAAAUGUAUAAUUCAUUGAGAUGAUCAACAUACAAUUUUAAUUUAUUUUAGAUCCAGAAUAGAAUAAAUCUGUUCUGCCUACUGGUCUGCACUAUACCAGACCAUUUAGUGUCUUAAAAUAAACAUAAUAUACAAGCACAUAAUAAAUCAUUUAUUUUUGUACAGAAUAAAUUGAGAAACAACUAGAAACAAUAUGUAUCACUUCAUUUACAGGUUUGCAAACAUUUAAAAAAAAAAAAAAAAAAGCAUUUUGUCAUUUGUUUUGUUUUGUAAAAGACUGCUAUACUUCUCUGCAAAAUAAAAAAGCCUG